CUUCGACAUUCCCGACAUCAGCUUUUGGUCAAAAGCACUUUAUGCUGACCAGCUUUGCCUUUGAUUGCCGUUGUUACUGGAUUCUGGAUGCUCCCUCGCUUGGUCUCAAGUUGCGCCGUUGACAUUUCUCGAAACAAAGCGGGGGAGACCACUAUCGUUCGACCAUCAUCAUGCUCUGCCACAGCUGUCGCCGCUCGUUUAGGACGCAGUUGAGGAGGUCAAUUGCUGCCAAUCGUGGCUACGCGAAUAUCUCCCGCGGUAAAUAUGACGAGACCAUUAAGAACCUCAAGAUUGGCAAAGACACCCGCGUGAUAUUCCAAGGGUUCACUGGAAAGCAAGCCACCGCCAACGCCCGAGAGUCUAUAGAAUGGGGAACCAACAUCGUGGGUGGUGUGCGGCCUGGCAAGUCAGGAGAACAUCUGGGAUUGCCGGUUCUGCCGACGGUACGAAAGGCAAUGGAAGAACUAAAGCCAGACGCAACUGGCAUAUACGUGGCUGCACAUCAGGCUCCCGCUGCUAUCGAGGAAGCGAUUGAGGCUGAGGUUCCACUCAUCGUGGCAGUCGCCGAGCACAUCCCCCUCCACGACAUCCUCAGAAUCCAUCAAAUGCUCGCCACUCAGUCCAAGUCGCGUCUGGUCGGCGCAAAUGCACCAGGUAUCAUAUCUGCCAUUGGAAGGUGCAGGAUCGGUUUCCAACCUUUGAUGACUUAUACCCCCGGUCCAAUUGGUCUCGUUGCGAAAUCUGGCACGCUCAGUUACGAAACUGUUGCGUCGUUGACACGAGCGGGUGUAGGGCAGAGCUUGUGCAUCUCUAUGGGCGGUGAUGUUGUGGCUGGAACGGACUUUAUCGAUGCUCUCAAAGUCUUCGAGACGGAUGAUGAUACGAAGGGCAUCGUAAUCGCUGGCGAGGUCGGGGGCACCGCUGAGGAGGAGGCGGCAGAGUGGAUAAAGGAUUACAAGAAGCGUGUUAAGAACCCUAAGCCCAUCGCCGCCGUCGUCGGAGGCAUCUGCGCAAAACAAGGUCGAGUAAUGGGCCAUGCGGGUGCAUGGGCUGCACCUGGUGAAGGCUCUGCGCUAACGAAGAUCAAGGCGCUGGAGAGCGCCGGUGUCACGAUGGUUGAUCACCCGGAGAAGUUCGGGCCAGUGAUGAAAGAACUCAUGGCCGGCAUUGGCUAUUCAUUUCCAUCCAGCGCGGGCUCAGGUACGAUUGGUAACCAGAAGAGAGGAUAUCACACUAUGCGAAGCCGCCCGCAGGUCACAACGUCGACGCGGCAGGCGCAGGCAAAGCGGUCGCUGCAUCUUCGAACUGAUCAGGCGUCGGAUUUGCUCAAACAGUACGACAUUGUAACAAGCCAAGCACCGUCAGACGAGUCCGAUUCCCGGCUGCUGGUCCUUACUGUCGAUCGCAGUGCUCGCGCACCUUGCAUCAUUGUUUCGCCGACCACCAAAAAGGAAGCCAUCUACGCACGCUCCGUCCACAUCCCGUACGACUACGUCGCCGGUCCAGAGUCGGAACACCUCAAACUGGCGCUGGAAAAGCUGCAGCUCUCCUCGUCGCCGCCUUCUGUUCAAGCCGCGGUCUCGAAUCUGAUCACAAAACUAUCCAAACUGUUCAAGGAUAAAGAGGCCGUGUCGCUCGAGGUGCGCCUUACCGUCUCCGGCACUUCCCAAAGCCUCGUGGUGUACGAGCCAAAUUUCACGUUUGACGACGCGGCGUUCAGAUCAACGAAGAGACACGGGGAGCUGCACGCGCUCCGGGAUACAAGCCUAGAAGAUCCCAUCGAGCUUGCCGCCGAGCCACAUGGCAUCGUCUACGUCAAGCUGGACAGCCCCACGGAGGGCAACGCACCGCGAAAUAUCGGCACCCUCGUCAACGGCGCCGGGCUCGCCAUGAACACGGUCGACGCGCUAGCAAACUACGGAGGCUACGCCACCAACUUCCUCGACACGGGCGGGAAGGCCACGUCGGAGACGGUCAAGAAGUCCUUCGAGCUCAUCCUGCGCGACGAGCGCGUCAAGGUCAUCUUCGUCAACAUCUUCGGCGGCCUCACCCUCGGCGACAUGAUAGCUCGAGGCGUCAUUCUCGCCUUCAAAGAGCUCGACAUGAAAGUGCCAGUGGUCGUCAGAAUAAGAGGGACCAACGAGAAGGAGGGUCAAAAGCUGAUCGCGGAGAGCGGCCUGAAGCUCUUCGCGUACGACGACUUUGCCGACGCUGCUCGCAAGGUAAUCGAGCUGGCCAAUGCGUAAAUAUAUAGACUCAAAACGAUUUCGAAAAGAAACUCCAUUGUAGAUACCAAUACACUGCCUCUAGAAAUAGCCAUCAUACACCCUCCCUUAUUUUUUGCCAGUCAGACGGAAUGAAGAAAAAAAAAAGGAUUGACAGUGCUUCAACCUGCAUAAUUGAUAUCCAAGUUAAAUGACAUCUCAAGUCGCUAAAACGCUAUCCAGAAGAAAUAACACAUUCUUGAACUGAAUCAUGCG